AGCAUCCUUUUUGGCGAGAUAUGUCCUUUUUGGGGAGGCGUGCAGGGGACGACGAUGAUUUGGGUGGCGAUGGUGGCGGUGUUGCAUUAGGAAUCGGUAGUUCGGUUGGGGGAUUGUGAUUGUGGCCAGUGAGAGUGAGUGAGUGAGUGAGAGAGAGUGAGUGAGUGAGAGAGUGAGAGUUAGUGAGAGCGGGCGGGGAAUCAUCGCUAGCGGGGAAGGGAGCGAGGGAGAGAGAGAGAGCGAGCGAGGAAGGCAACAUGGAGUUGUCGACCCUGCCCUCUCUGCAUUUCUCCCGCAGUAUUUGCACUGCUGAGGUGCGGCAGCCAGGUUGUUGUGGAAUUGGCUCCGGUUUCGCAACGGCAGCGUCUCGGAUUGAGCCCAGGCUGGGAGGUGGAGCUGCAGUAUUGCGGCGAGCUAGCCAUGGCUAUGGCGUGGGAUGUGAAUUUUCUAUACCACGCUUCGUGUUGGGGUCAUUAGAUCAUAAGUUGGGUGAAAAGCUGUUGCGUAGGGCUGUGAGAAGCGGAGCGUCGGGUUUGAGGAAUCGACGGGAAUGGAGAUGUAUGAACGCGGAAUUUGGAGCUGAUGCCAGCAACGCGGGUUCGCCAGGAUCUGUGCAUUUUGUUGGUAUUGGAGGAGCGGGGCUUUCAGCACUUGGUCUUCUUGCACUGCGACAGGGUUGGCAAGUAAGUGGGUCCGACUUGGUAUGGAGCGAGGAAGUUAUCCGGUUGAAAGAGGCUGGUGCCCGUGCAUAUGUUGGCCACAGUGUGGCUCAACUGGUGCCUCAAGGGUCGCAGCCGCCGGAUGCUGUUGUUGUAUCCAGUGCCGUGGGUCCAGGCAACGAGGAGGUUGAGGCUGCUCGUGCCCUAAAUGUGCCCAUUUACAAGAGGGGUGAUUGGCUAGGGAAGAUUACAGAAGGCUACCAACUGAUAGCCGUUGCUGGAACUCACGGUAAGACCACGACGACAGCAAUGUUAAGUGUGGUCCUGCGCAACUUAGGGGAGGACAUUACUGCUAUUGUGGGUGCUCAAGUUCCACAGUUUCCAGAUGGAGGCAGUGCAUUGUGUGGAACGACUCGCAAGUUUGUUUUAGAGGCCGAUGAGUAUGAUGGCUGCUUCCUAGGUGUUUCACCUCACCUCGCAGUAUUGACGAAUGUUGAAUGGGAACACGUCGACAUGUUUCCUGAUGAGGAAGCUGUCAAAAAUAUGUUCAAGAAGUUCGUCUUGCAAAUCAAGCCAGGAGGUUGUCUUGUUGCUUGUGGCGACAGUGCCGGUGCUAAAUCCGUGUUAGGACUGAUAGAAGAGGAGCAAGAGAAAGAUUUAGGUUCUCCAUUCCCCAGAGAGAGACGGGUUGUAACUUUUGGUUUAGGAGCGAGCGAUUGGCGAGCGAUAAUGCUUGUCCCAAAUCCACAGGGUGGAACUGAUUAUACGGUUGUAUACAAGAACAGGCCCAUGACUCGAGUCAGUUUACGCUUGCCUGGCAUGUACAAUGUGCUCAAUUCUCUCGCUGUCAUUGUGGUUAUGUCGCUGCUGGCAGCAGAGAAGGAAAGCGACGUUGGGGCACAGGCAAAACUCAUGAAGAGGACCGCCGAGGCCGCAGGAAGAGCUCUAGGAGCUUUUUCGGGAGUACGCAGACGCUUUGAUUUUGUAGGAUCUGUUCAUGGAUGUCAUAUAAUCGACGACUAUGCCCAUCAUCCAACUGAGGUUCGUGCUGUUCUACAAGCAGCUCGUCAACGAUAUGAUCAGCAGCCCAUCUGGGUGAUAUUUCAACCUCAUACGGUUAGCCGGUUGGCUGCAUUUCUACCAGACUUUGCUCCGGCUUUUAGUGCUGCAGAUCGAGUUAUUGUGACACAGGUGUAUGCUGCUCGCAACAUUCCAACUGAGAAGGUUGUAACUGGGGAAGAUUUAGCCAAUGCCAUUAUUGGGCCUCCAGCCGUCUAUAUUCCAGACUUGGAUGUUGUAGUUGAGCGGCUAUCGUGGGAACUGGCAGCCCUAGAUAAGAAUGAGAUGAAUGACCGCGGCAACAUUGUGUUGCUUACUCUUGGUGCUGGUGAUAUUACCGACGUGGGUCGACGACUCAUGCAGGCAUGUGAAGUCGCAUCACGAUAGAACUUUACUUCGAAAACCCAAAUUUUACUCUGCAUCGAUUCCUGAGCGUAGGCAGCUUUAUGUUGGUGGUAUGAGUCUGUUGGUUUCUUCGCUGGCUCACACUCAUCACAUGAUUUUAUUUCUUAUGUAAUUUGUUCCUGUGGUUAUAACUUAAAGAUAGCCCUUGCAACAAAAGAUGCUUUCACAGUGCCAGUGAGAAUCAUUUCUUUGUGGCAUGGUUCAGUUAUUGACUUGUUUC